AUGUCUUCCUAUUUUCCUUCCUCGAGUCUUUCUUGCUUUUUAUUUCUUUUUCAUUUUUUUUCGCUUCUUCUUUUUCAAUCUCCCACCAUAACUAUUCUUUCUUUUUCUUUCAUUCAUUUGUCGUUCUUUUAUAACUUCUUUCUUUUCAUUUCUCCCACCUGUUUUUUUUUUGGGUUUUUUUUUCGUUUAUAUAACUCCCUCUUUUGUUUCCUUCCUUCAUCCUUCUUUUCUUUCUUUCUUUUUUCUUCCUUGAUUCCCGCCUUCCUUAUUUCGUUUUACAAUUCUCUUUCUCUAUUUUUGUUUGUGAAGGCGUCUUGCGUUUUAUUUUCUUUCCUCUUUUUCCAGUUCAAUUACCCACCUUUAGUAUUCUUUCUUUCUUUCUUUCUUUCUUUCAUUCUUUCUUUCUUUCUUUCUUUCUUGUUUGCUUGCAUUCUUUCCUGCUUUUUUUCUUUCUUUCUUUUCGUUUUUUCUUUCUUUCUUCUGCCGAUUCUCUUUGUUUUUCCUUCUGACUUUUUAAUUUUUUUUUAUUCUUCUGUCACCCACCUUCCUUCCUUCCUUCCUUUUUCCAUUUCUCUUUCUCUCUAUUUUUCUUUCUGGAGUCAUCUUGCGUUUUAUUUUCUUACUUUUUCCUCUUUUUUCAGUUCAAUCAGCCACUUUUUCGAUUCCUUUUGUUUUUUCUUAACUUUUUAUUUUUCUAUCACCCACUCUCUUUCCUUCUUUCUUUCUUUCCUUCCUUCCUUUUUUUCAAUUCUCUUUCUCUCUAUUUUCCUUUCUGGGGUCAUUCUUGAGAUUUAUUUUCUUCCUCUUUCCUCUUUUCCCAGAUGA